AAUGGGUAACGAACCAUCUUCUACAAAUGGCAAGACUGAUUUUCUCACUCAGGAUUCAAGUUGUGGACCUACUUUAAUCAAUCAAAUGUAAUAAAAUCAAUGGAGAAUUGGAUUGCAACAUCCUCAUAUUUUAUAGACAUUGGGAGGUUAACCUGAAGGAGAUUAAUUUAGAUAUUAUUUUGAGAUUUGUCCAAUCACAUUAGCCUCUUUACUAUCAGAGAGAUAUGGAACAAAAUAAUAUUUCCCAGAAGAAGAUUUAUAAGCAUUAUUAUUAGGAAUUGUUAGUGCUUUAAGUUUUUUAUAAGAAAAGGGAAUAUCACAUGGAGGUAUUGAUUUGAUAAUUAUCAUACAGAUAUUUGCACAUAAGAAAUAUUUUUUGAUUCAAAUAGUUCUAGUUUUAAAAUAUUAGAUUCUAAUUUGAUUAAUGGAAGAGGAUAUGCAAUUUAAGAAUUUAUAAGUGGUAAAUUAAAGUAUUUGGCUCCAGAGAUUAUAAUUCAACCUACUCAACCAAUGUCAGAAUAUUAAUUACAUAAAAAUGAUAUUUGGAGUUUGGGUAUGGUUAUUUUAGAAGCAGGUACAUUAAAAUCAAGUGAUAUAUUAUAUAAAAAUGGAUUACAACAAAAACUUAUUUAAGAUAGAAUUAAUGAAAUUGGUAUUAUAUAUGGAAAGUAAUUUGCAGAUAAUUUAAAAAUAAUGCUUAAUUUUAAUCCAAAUGAAAGAUUGGAUUCAGUUAAUUUAUUUAAUUUUCUUCUUGAAUAAUAACGAAUAGCAAAUGAAUCUGAAUAAUAGAUAUAAUAAUAAUAAUAAUAAUAGUUAUUAAUGAAACAAUAAUAAUUAUAAUAAUAAUAACUUAUAUAUUAAUAGUAAUAAUAAUAAUAAUAUUAUUAUGAAUAAAAGAUCUCUAAUUAAAGUCCAGUUAAUAGAUAAUAAUAAUAAUAAUAAAAGAAUUAUUAAUAAAAUCAUUAAAAUUUUUAAUACUAAUAAUAAUAAUAAUAAUAAUAAUACUUAUUCAAUUAAACUCAAUAAUCGUCCCCAUAUAGAAAUUAAAUAUAAAUUUAACCACAUAUUUUUAAUUAAUAACAAAGAUCUAAUUAUCAUUAAUAAAGACCUUCAUAAGAUUUCAUGAUGAUUCAACAUGAAAGAACUGUUUCAAUAGAAAAAAUGCCUAGUAGAAUAAUAAAAAAAAUCAUUCAUCCUGAUAGUAAAAUUGGUUAUUAAGAUAGUUCAAAUUCAGCAUCUCGUACAAGUAUGUAUUAUUAAUUAUAUUUUUUAGUAUAAAAUUAAUAUUGGUAAUAAAAACAUACUCCAUAAAAAUCUUAGAAACAAUCAAGCCCUCUAUAAAGAUAAUAAAACUCAGGCUAUUAAUCAUAAUUUAUAUAAUAGAAAUAUAAUGUUAUUGGUAAUAAAGAAAAUUAAUUUCCAAAUAAUACUAAUGAUUAGUUUAGAUGGAAAUAAGACAUUGGACAAUCAAAAUUAGUUAUUUAAUAAUAUAAUUAAUAAAAACCUUUAAUUUAAAAUGAAAAAAGUGAAGAACCUAUAAGGAGAGUAAUAGUUUAAUCAUAAGCCUUAAGAGAUAACUUUGUAUGAAUUUAUUAUAUAAAUAAUUAUUAUAAGAUGUUGCCAAAAUUACAUUAAAGUUCAUCUGUGUAAUCAGUAAGAACAUCUGAAGAUUUCAGUUUAAAUGAAGCCAAAAGAAGAUAAAAAUAAUUAGAGUUGGAAUCUUAGACAGUUGAAAAUAGAAUCAAAUAAUUAAAGAAAGAAAAUGAGAAACUGUCAAAAAAAGUAGAAAUGGCAGAACAAUUAGCACUUGAUGUGUAUGCUUCUCGACUUGCAUAGAAGAUGAAAGUAAUUAUAUCAGGUGUAAUAAAUAAAAUAGAAAGAAUAAAAAUAACAUCAACUAUCUAUGAUAGAUCCAACUAAAUAUUAGUAAACUUAAUAUGAAAGAAUGCAUCUUAAAAAGAUGAAAUCAGAGGUAAGGGAGAUGAAACAUUAAGAUGCAUUAUUAAUGAAAAAUUCCAUUAAAUUUGAAUUGAUGAGAACAAAUUAAGAGCAAAUUAAAAUUGCCUAAAAUCUCAAAUUAAAAGCUUCAUUAAAGAAGGAAGAAGAAAAAUUAUCAUAAGCUGUGAUUUAAGAAAAAUUAUAUGAGAAAUAAUAAAAAGUGAGAUUAGAAUAAGAGAGAGAAAAAUAAAAAAUUAUUAUGGAAAAUGAAAAAUAAGAGUAUUCAAUCAAACAAUUAGAAGCAUAAGAAUUAAAAUUAGUUGAAAAACUACAAGCAACAUAAUAAAGAGAGUAAGCUGUUAAAGAAAAAUUAAUGGCAGCCACAAGAUUGGCUCCUGAAGAUUUUGAUAGAACAUAUUUAGGAGGUCAAUCAAUAAUAUGUGAAUAAGAAAAACAAGUAAAAAUAUAUAUUAAAUAAAUAAGGAAUAAAAAUAAGAAGAAUUAAAAGAAUAGUAAGAAUAAUAAGAGGGAGGUUAAUAAGAAGAAGGAGGUUAAUCUGGUGAAGGAGGUUAAGGUACAUAAACUGAAUGA